AUGAGCGCGAAACGACACAAGGGGGUGCUGAAGAUCCUGGACGAGCUUGAAGCCACCAUCGUCAAAGGCACAGUGAAAACCGCUACCGAUGUGACUUUCCCUGCCAAGGCAUGCGCUACUGGGAAGGGUAAAGAUUGUGGGGCAGUAGAUGCAAGACAGGCUCUUCAUGUACUGUCACCCAACCACGAUGUGGCACUGCCUGCUGCUCCUACUGAUGCUGCUGCUGCAGCUGGUGGUGCUGCUACUGGCGCUUCUGCUGCUGCUGCUGUUGUUGAUCUAGAUUCAUUCAAAGCCUGCCCGCCACACCAGAGCUCUCUGGACCUUUCCAGGGAUCAAGAGGAGCAGCAGAAGCAGGGGAUUGGCAUGCUAGGUGCUGAGGCGGAGGCUUGCGCAUGGGCGAUGGGGAUGGUGAAUGGAGGGGUGGAAGAAGAGGAAGAUUCGCUAGAGAUGGGAGGGAUGGAUGGGAUGGACAUGGGAGAGGGAGGCAUGAAAAGAGUGUUGCUGGGGGAAGAAGUGGAAGGAGAUGAGGUAGAGGGGGUGGAAGAAGUGGAUUCGCAGAGGAACUGUGGGGAGAGGAGUGGGAAAGGCGGUGAUGGGCUGGGGUUGAAGGAGGAGGUUUCCGGUUUGGAGGGUUGUUGUGCUAACGUUGCAUGGGAGGCGACGUUCAGUGCUGUCAACGCGCGUGGCAUCGCGACAGUGCAGCAUCAAAAGGUGCUGCGUGUUCGCAUGCGCGCCCAACCCCACCGCCCUGUGCAAGUGCUUCUCCGUGACGACUGGCUGGACGUGCCUGUGUCAGCCGGUGACACUGUGGCGCUCAUCGGCGGGCAACCCCAGACUAAAGAGCAGGCAGCAGGAGCAGGGGCAGGAGGAGCAGGGGCAGGAGGAGCAGGGGCAGCAGCAGAGGAAGGGGAAGAGGAGAGGGUGGUGAUUGUGGACGUUAACAACGGCAUGCUCAUCCUGCAUCCAGAUGUCCUUAUCUCUGGCUCUCGGACUAACCUCAUUCCACCCACUUUCCCCAUACUCCCAACCAACCCCAUCUCAGGUGGGGGGCAGCUUUGCGUGUGGGCGGAGGGCGGUGCUGGAGGAGAGAGUGCGGCAGAGGGACGUCACUGCGCCAGCCCUGCGAGGGACAAUGCUGCAUCAGCUGGUGCAGCAGAGGACGAAGCGUGGGCAUUGCAGCAGCUGCAGGAGGCGGUUCCCACUGUGCUCUCCUGGGUGCACCAGUUCCUCUACCCCAAGUCUAGCGCCCUGGCGGCUGUACCAUUUGGCAAUAGAGGCGAGCAGCGGCACAUGCGACUGGCCAAGGUGGUGGACAUAGAGGAGACCGUGUGGAGCCCGAGGCUGGGCCUCAAAGGGCGUCUGGACGUGUCAGUGCGUGUGGCAGUGCGCAACAAGGGAAAGGAAGUGGCGGGUGUGGGGGGAAGGAUGGGGGGCCAGCAGGGAGCGCAGGCAGGAGCGGGGAGGUGGAAGGGGAAAGCGAGUGGCGGGAGUGGGAAGGGAGGGGAUGCGGAGGAGGAGGAGAUGGUGAUGAUGCCUCUGGAGGUGAAGACUGGGAGGAGUAGCUCCAACCAGGCGGCCAUAGAGCACAGGGCGCAGGCAGCCAUGGAGCAAAGGGCGCAGGUGAUGCUGUACUGCCUGCUCAUGGCAGAGCGAGCGCUACCAGCCAACCUGGGCGCAUCCCUUGCCCUUGCCCUUGUCCUUACUGUUGCCACACAAAUACACCCUCCUCCCGCUCCCUCCCAGGCGGCCAUAGAGCACAGGGCGCAGGUGAUGCUUUACUGCCUGCUCAUGGCAGAGCGGUACCAGCAGGGCGUGAGUACAGGGCUGCUGCUCAACCUGCACAACAGCGCCACCACCGGCAUUCAAGUGAGUCGCAGGGAGCUGGUGGGCUUGAUCAUCCGGCGGAACAUCCUGGCCAACGACUUGAAAAGAGUUUCGGCCUAUCAGGAGCUGCCACCUGUCCUCGAGAGUGUGAACCAGUGCAACAACUGCAGCCAAUUCGACGUGUGCUCGUCAUACUUCAAGCUUCAGGACCACACACACCCUGCCUCUGACCCUUCAGCGUUUGCAGAGGAGGUGGCAAAGAGGCGGGGCGAGGAGUGGGACGUGAAGGAUGCGCAGUUCUUGAGUCACUGGGAGCGACUGGUGGAUAUGGAGACGAACAGUGCAGUUGCCUCUCAUGCUGACAUCUGGGCCAUGCCCACAGAGGAGCGAGAGGCCACCGGGCGCUGCAUUGGUCCCCUGCAGCUCGCCUCAAUCAAACCACCUGAAGGAGUGCUAGAAGCAGCAGCAGAUGCAAGAGAAGGUGGAGCAGGAGCAGGAGCAGGAGGAGCGGGAGCAGGGGUGGGGACGGCAGGAGGGGGUGGGUGUACUCAAAUAGUGGGCACUGCGGCAGCUGCUGUGUUGGCGGAUGGGCGGAUAGGGCAGUCGAGGGACCAGUGGGAGUAUACGUUCAAGCGAGCCUGGAGCAUACAGAACUGCAGCAGCAGCAGCAGCAGUGGUGGUGGUGGUGGUGCUGCUGGUGGUGGUGGUGGGGGGAGUCAGAGUGGGAGUGGAAGGUUGGACCAGACAGGCUUUGCUGCUGGAGACUAUGUGAUCUUGAGCACCGUAUCAGGGCAGGCUGGAGUGGCCACGGCCACCAUCACUGCUGUCACACCCCAUAACAUCACCAUGAGAGCUCACCGCCAGUUACGGCUGCCCAGUCGAAGCGGAGCAGCAGGGGCCGAGGGAGAGGAGAGGCGGGUGUGGAGUGAGAGGUGGCGCGUGGACAAGGAUGAGAUGGCGGGAGCGGGAGGCGGGCAGCUGAGGUUCAACCUCGUCGGGCUCUUCCUCCCCUCGCUUGAGAAUGACCGCCGGAGACGGCUGGUGGUGCAUCUGGAGCGUGGCGUAUCUCUCCUCCCUAUCACCCAUUACCCCAUCCCUCCAUCCCCCCACCCCUCCACCCGCCUGCAGCCCCCGCAGUUCUCCCCUCCUGAAGACAUCCAUCCGGACAGCAUGGCGUAUCUCUCCUCCCUAUCGCCCCGAGAGAUCAACGACGAUCAGAAGCAGGCAGUCAUCAAGGCCAUGUCAGCACAAGACUAUUUGGUGGUGCAAGGCGGACCUGGUGCGGGCAAGAGCACGGCGGUGGUGCAUCUGGUGAAGGCGUUAGCUGCGGGAGGGCGGUCGGUGCUGGUGGCUGCUCACACCAACACGGCUGUAGACCACAUCCUGCUGAAGCUCAUGAAAAAGGGAGUGUCGGUGCUGCGAGUGGGGAGGCCUGCAGCUGUGCACCCGGACCUUCUGCCAUACACUCUCAAUGAUAGAGGGGGGGGCAUGGACGUGGGCAGUGUAGCGGGCAUGGAGGCAGUAGGCCUGGGCGCAUCAGUGGCGGGGUGCACGUGCCUGGGCGUGGGGCAGUCGCUCUUUGCCCGCAAGCGCUUCGACGUGGCUAUACUGGACGAAGCAGGGCAGACCACCCUGCCGGAGGCCCUCGGCCCGUUACGCCUGGCGUCAACCUUCGUGCUGCUGGGAGAUCUGCACCAGCUGCCUCCUCUUGUUCGGUACUGCCACCCCGUCACCGCCCUCGCGAACGCACCGGCCUACUGGAAGGGCGAGAGAAGUGCAUUUCUUGGCAAUUCUGGUGUGACAAGCUCCCUCUCUUGCUCCUUUCCUCCUCCUCCCCUCCCUCCCUCCUUCCCGCCUCCCUCUCUCCCCUCUUCCCCCUCCUCCCCUCAACAGGACCCCAGGGCACGGCAGCAGGGGCUGGGUGUGAGUCUGCUGCAGAGGCUGGCGGAGGCGCAUCCAGAGGCAGUGGCGCAUCUGAGCACGCAGUACCGCAUGUGCCGCCCCGUCAUGGCCCUCGCUAACGCGCUCGUGUAUGAGGGGCGCCUGCAGUGCGGGUCCGAGGCUGUCAGCAACGCCCGGCUGGUCCUGCCGAAGCUGGACUCGCUCCUGGGCAUGGGGAAGGGGGGUCUGCCGCUGUGGCUGCAGCAGGUGAUUGAUCCGGAGAAACGGCUGCUCUUCCUUGACACAGCCAAGGUGGAGGGCACGCAGGAAACACGGGAGAAGGAGUCGACAUGCAACGAGGGCGAGGCAGCGAUAGUGGCGCGGAUAGUGGCCUCCCUGGUACCGGCAGGGCUGCCUGCGUGUGACAUUGGCGCGGCCACGGUGUACAAGGCACAAGUCAAGGCACAGAGAGCUGCUCUUACCCUCACUUCUCUCGCCAACAGCCCUCUAUCUCUCGCUCUCUUUCUCACUUCCCACUUUCCUACCUUCCGGCUUUUCUUGUUCCCCCUCUUCCCCUCACCAGCUGAGGUGGAAGGAAUCCAAGAAACCCGGGAGAAGGAGUCAACGUGCAACGAGGGCGAGGCAGCGAUCGUAGCGCGGAUAGUGGCCUCCCUAAUAGCAGCAGGGCUGCCUGCGCGUGACAUUGGCGUGGCCACGGUGUACAACGCGCAAGUCAAGGCACAGAGAGCUGCUCUGGCAAGGGUCCUGGGGCAAGGGGGAGGGGGAGGAGGGAGCGGCGGUGUGGGUGUGGGGGAAGAGGGCGUCAAGGGGGCGUGGGUUAACGGAGGGGGUGGGAAAGUGGACGCAAAGGGGGGUGUGGCAGCGGGAAGGGAGGGUGGCGUUUGUGGGCAAGUGGGUGGGGAAGUGGAGGUGGAUACAGUGGAUCGGUUUCAAGGGCGGGACAAGGCGUGUGUGGUGUUCAGCACGGUGCGGUGCAACCGGCGCGGGCAGCUGGGGCCUGUACUGGGAGAUGCAAGCCGCUGCAACGUCGCCAUCACACGAGCUAAGGCAAAGCUACUAAUCAUCGGUUGUAGCUCCACUCUUCGACGAGGCUCAGCACACUUCCUUCGACUGCUGCAGCUGGGAUGUGUGUGGUCAUGCGGGUCUCAACUCAAUGAUCAUGGCACUCAUGCACGAGCCACAACUUGCUCGCUGCCCUGCCUUGCUGCUGGUGCUGUUGCUGCUGCGGCUGCUGCUGCUGCUGCUGCUGCUGCUGCUGCUGCUGCUGCUGCACGAAGCCGUGCGAUCAGCCUUCUAGCGGCUGGGGAGGGGAGCUUGCCAGUGCAGGCAUGUGGGUGGGAUGUGGAAGAGGAGGAAGGUGAGGGUGGGGACGAGGAGGUGAGGGAGGAGUCAGACAAGCUGCGAGGUGGAGGAGGGUGA